AUGAUGUGCGAUAUCAUAAAGAUAGGAGGGAUGGUCCGCAACAAGGAGAAGUUUGUAAAACGCCGUCAGCGUCUUGUGGGGCCGAACGGAAGUACCUUGAAGGCUUUGGAGUUGCUGACAGAAUGUUAUAUUUUAGUGCAAGGGCAAACUGUGGCUGUUAUGGGCCACCUCAAGGGUUUAAAACAGAGACGCAAAAUGGAAGAGCUACCGGAAAAGCAGAAGCAAAAAACUGCUGAAAAACGGAAGAACCGCGCACAGGAAUUCGUUCCAACUGCAGAGGACACGACAGCGAAGCGACAUAAGCGUCUUGAGGAGAAGCAAGCAAAGAUACGCGAGGAGCAACUCCGCAUUCCAGAUGCAGCAGACGUGGUUGAAAAGGUCAAGGCAACGCAGAAGGAGGGGCAAUCCAAGCUGAGAAGCAGGCAGGUCGAUGCCUCUUCCUUCUUAUUAUAA